AUGAAGAGUACUCAAAGAAAACCCAAAAGUCUUCCUCCCCUUGAUCCAGAAGUUCUUUCUGUAUUUGUGCCUCCAUUUAUCAGCAGAGAUGAUAGUCAGGUGAUUAAUGCUGGUAAUAACUUGAAUAAAAGUAAACGCCGCUCUUUCCGAAAGAAAAAAGAGAGACCGAAGAUUGAAAAUGUCAAGAGUCUCAAUGGGGAGCCAAAAGCACCUGACACUGAAGAUGUUACUGUUCCGAAGGACAUUGAUCUUAUUGGUUUGCCACAGCUAUGCUUCCCAGGAGGACUUUAUAUAACUUCUGAAUCAAAAGAAGACCACAUUCAUUUCCUGGUCUUCACAGAUGUCUGUGGUAACAGAACAUACGGUGUUGUUGCACAGUACUACCAGCCUAUGCAAGAUGGCUGUAUUUCCUCGAAUGGGCAGACCCAUUGGGAAUCUGCGCAGGCUGGGAAGAUGCCUGUCUGCUUUGUACCAUUCGCUAUUUGUGUUAUAUCCAGAUAUCCAUAUUUUAAUGCCCUCAAGGAUUGUCUGUCAUGCUUACUAGUGCAACUGCGACCUUCCAAGCAUUUAGAUGUUGAAGAACACAUAAAAGAAUUUGCAGCAAAGUUGUUUUUAAUACCCAGCCCGCCACCAGGACCACUCCACUUGGUAUUUAAUAUGAAACCACUUCAAAUAGUAAUUCCUUCACGAGAAGAUCCAGACAGUCCAAUUAUUGACUUGGAUCUUCAUCUUCCGUUGCUGUGUUUCCAGCCAGAGCAGGUGCUGCAGAUUAUGACCUGUAUUUUGACAGAGCAGAGAAUAGUUUUCUUCUCUUCGGAUUGGGCUCUGUUGACACUUGUUGCUGAAUGCUUUAUGUUGUACCUUCAUCCUCUUCAGUGGCAACACACUUUUGUGCCUAUCCUGUCUCGUCAAAUGCUGGAUUUUGUAAUGGCCCCAACAUCUUUUCUUAUGGGAUGUCAUGUUGAUCAUUUUGAAGAAGUUAGCACGGAAACCGAAGAUUUAAUUCUAAUUAAUAUAGAUAAUGGAGAUAUUACACAUUCAAAAAUGACUGAAGAGGAACCUGAAAUUCCAGAUGUUCCAGCACAAGCAGCAGAAACUUUCAUAAAAAGAGUGGAGAGUCUUCAGCUGCAUUAUGAUCUAGAGCUCUGCCAUCUCCGAGCCAGCACAGAUCUUAGUGAACUCCAAAUGCGUAGAAGGGCUUGGCAACAGAAACUGAAUACAGAAGUUCAGCAAACGACUUUGCAGUUAAUUGUUAAUAUCUUCAGGGAAGUAAAGGACCAUCUAAAUUAUGAACACAGAGUGUUUAACAGUGAAGAAUUUCUGAAAACAAGGGCAAUUGGAGACCAGCCAUUUUACAAAAAG